AUGGGCGAUAUCCACGGCACAGGCAACUCCGCACCCCGAAAGCCUCUACCGAAGAACCCUCUCGCUAACCCUCCGCCGAUGUCAGGCGAGCCGGGUAUCAUCGACGUUCUGGACGACGAGAAGCAUCGCGAACAACGCCAACUCUUCAAUCAAGGCUUUUCUACUCGAGCACUAAAGAAACAAGAGUCUUUGCUACGCAAGCAUGUCGACAGACUGGUUGCAGCAGUACAGUCACGCGUCGAUCAAGGUCUUGAGACAAACAUGGUGGAUAUGUUCAACUUCCUGGCUUUCGAUGUUAUGGGCGACCUUGCCUUCGGUGCAUCUCUGGGUCUACUAGAGCGGUCAGAGUACAACAGUUGGGUACGCGUGAUUGUUGCGACUAUCAAAGUCGUCACCAUUCGCAUUGUUGUGUUCUACCAUAUCCCAUUUGCAUCUCAGAUUCUGCCGCUGUUAGUGCCAAAGUCCAUGAAGGCCAAGCGAGAUGCCCACAUGAAGUUUGCCGAGGACAGGGUAAGAGAGAGACUGGAAAGAAAGACUGAUCGUCCAGAUCUCUGGGGCUUGAUCACCGGUGGACCUGACGGAAAGAAAGCACACCUCUCUUUGGACCAAAUGGUCGGCAACGCUGCCCUCUUCAUGGUGGUUGGCUCAGAAACCACGGCAACUGUGUUAUCAGGAACGCUAUAUCUACUCCUGAAGAACAAAAACUGCAUGGAAAGAUUGAAGAAAGAGAUCUUCGACAACUUCAAUUCAAAGGAAGACAUGACCAUAGAGGCCCUACCGAAGCUUACGUAUAUGACCGCAGUUCUAGACGAGGCCAUGCGAGUCUACCCUGGUGCCCCAGAAACUUUGGCGAGAUUGGUUCCAGCAGGAGGAAUGCAGAUCUGCGGCGAGUAUGUCCACCAGGGCGCUACGGUAUUCGUUCUCCAUUACCCAACAUUUCACUCUUCACGGAAUUUCGUGCGACCAGAUGACUUUGCUCCGGAGAGAUGGCUACCUGAAGGCGCCGUAGAAUUCGAGAAAGAUGAUAAGAAGGCCUUUAACCCUUUUUCGGUCGGCCCACGCGCUUGUCUUGGAAGAAAUUUGGCACACUACGAGUUGAGGCUGGCCUUGAGCCAUUUACUUUGGGACUUUGACUUUGAGCUUGACGAAAGAUGCGACGACUGGUUGACGCAAGAGACAUACUCUUUCUGGCUGAAGCCGCCACUCAUGGUCAGAGCUCGAGCUGCCCAUCAGAAGCCAUAG